GAGCUGGAAGCAGGUCGUAAGCGGGCGAGGCAACGUUUAAAAAUACUUCUGGGAAAAUAAUAAAAAAGAAAUCACUGGAGAGUCAUUUCAAUUGCAGUCAUGGGUGACGAACCUUUCGAAAUAAUUGAAAAUGAAGAAAUUAAUGCAAUACAGGAAGAGUUUGAGUCAGGUGGGUUAACAGCUGCAGCAGUACGAAUUCAGUCCCGUCUUGAUGAACUGGACAGUGUGGAGCUGAACAUAGCUGUGACUGGAGAAUCGGGUUCAGGAAAGUCUACUUUUGUUAACUCCAUCAGGGGUCUGUGUGAUGAAGAUGAAAAUGCUGCUAAGACGGGUGUAACAGAAACUACAAAAGAGCCCACCAUGUACUCCUAUCCCAAAUAUCCAAAUGUAAGAUUGUGGGAUCUUCCUGGGAUAGGAACGAUGAACUUUAAAGCCGAUGAAUACCUUGAACAAGUAAAUUUUGCACAGUAUGAUUUCUUCAUUAUAAUUGCUUCAGAUCGUUUUAAACAGAACCAUUUAAUGUUGGCUCAAGAAAUUGAGAAAAUGGGAAAACAUUUUUACUUUGUACGUUCCAAGAUUGAUGCUGACCUGCAUGCUUCUAAGAUACGAAGAAAAUCAACAUUUAAUGAGAAAAAGAUCUUAAUGGAGGUUAGACAGGAUUGCACAGAAUGCCUACAGCCUCUGGAGAAGAAAUGUCCACAGAUCUUCUUGAUAUCAGGCUUUGAUCUGUGUCUCUAUGACUUUCCUCUUUUAGAGGAGACACUUGAGAGGGAACUCCCUGAACACAAAAGGUUUGUUUUUCUGCAGGCCCUUCCAAACAUCUCUUUGCAAAUUUGUCAAAGAAAGAAGAAAGAACUACAUUCCAGAAUCUGGCAGUUUGCUACCCUGUCUUGCGCAGUGGCUACUGUUCCCAUUCCAGGUUUGUCAGUUGCUUGUGAUGUUACAAUCCUUGUGAGUGAGCUAAAGAAGUACUAUUUUACAUUUGGUCUGGAUGACGAGUCUUUGAAUAGUCUGGCCAUUCGAUUCGAUAAACCCGUAGAGGACCUGAAGUCUGUCAUCCAGUCACCUCUGGCCAAAGAGAUCUCCACGGAUGUGGUCAUUAAGCUGCUCACCAGUGGUGCAGUUGGAGGUCUGAUGAUGUUUGAGUACUUUGUGAGCACAAUACCAAUAAUAGGCAGCUUUGCUGCAGGUGGCAUCUCCUUUGCUACCACAUACUACAUGCUACAUAACUGUUUAGAAGAGCUAGCGAGAGAUGCCAAGAGAGUGUUAGAGAAGGCAUUUGAGUCAGAGCUGUAGCAUGGAAGAAUGUAACCAGAAGAAGAGAUCAACAAAUAUGUACAGAAUAUUCUGUGUGUUCUUAUGUUGGGAGAUUUAUUCUUGUUGUUCUGUAAAAAGUAAAUGCAACUGUUGAUUUGUGGAAUACCUGAAAACGAAAAUACAACCACCAUGGUGAGUGGCAUUUAAUGAGAGGCUGUUGAAGUUGUUUUCCUUCAUAUAUUUAGAGACCACUCUGUACCAAGGUGGUUGUGAUGUGAUGGGGAUCAAUGCACUCCAGUGUCCAGUUUACUUCUGUGUGGAGAGCUCUUGUCCUCUUUCGUGUCAGAUAUUUUUACUCCAUGCUGCUUCCUUUUUCUAAACACAUUUUAAAGACAUCUGUUGGUGAGUGUUCUAGGUUGCACCUCCUACACAAUCUGAAAUGCCUUUUUCAAUAUAUUAAUGUAAAAAUACACUCUAGAUAUCAGGGUUGGAGUCAAUUCAAGAGUGAACUCAACAAUUCCAAUUCAAAUGAGAAAUUGGAAUUCAACAACUACAGGAAGCAGACUUGGAAUUGGCUCAGAAUUAUCUCUGCCGAAUUCCAUUCCAUUGCUCUUCCUGAGCAUUUAUUUGAGAUUAUAUGUAGGGACAUACAUGUGAAUUUCAUUUAUAAUGCUUUGCAAAUACCAAGUAAUGUAAGAAAGAUAGUUGAUGAAACUGAAGUAAAUAAAACCGCGAACUGUACAUUAAUGAUUCAUAAAUGAUGAGUGACACUGGCCAUAACCAUCUGAAAAUAGAUAAUAGCAGUAUAUGAUUACCAGUUCAAUGUGAUAAAUGCUACCACAUGAUAUGUCUCAGACCACAAAAUAAUGUGUCCUGUUCAUUCAUAUGUUUCAUUCACAUACUCGUAUAUUUACUGUUUAUUGUGACAAAUCUUUAUUUCCUGAAAUUUGGCAUCAUUAAGAUUGCAACCUUCAGACCUAAGUAUCUUGCCAGCAAUAGUGAACGCACAUUCCACAGGAGCAGAUGAGGCAGGAGUAGCGAGAUACUUGCAUGCAAAUUGAGCCAAACGCGGGAUCCCUUUCUGUUUGUCCUUCCAGUAUAGAAAAGGAUUGGACUCCUCAGUAUGGCCGGGUAGGCUUAGCUAACUUGAUACCACCUCUGAUGCUGGUAACUCUGUAGAUGUGGAUGGGAUGUUGGUGUCUAUUAGUGCAAAAAGUUUUAUUUUCUUUGGUGGUGAAGAGUAAUCCUUUGUAGUUUCUACUUUUGAUGAAGGGAGUGAAAGGACCACCUUUGUUGGAAUGUCUUUAAUGUUUUGUAUUUCUCCACCGAUGUAAUCCGGACUUCAUACACAAACCAGACCCUCAAAACAGUUGAAGAUCACACACAAACAGCAAUCCAAAGCCAAUAAAAAUCUUUCAAACAAACACGUAGAAAAUCUCCAAUCUCGCACUUUCCCCAUGGGCCCUAAUUUGCUCUCAUUUAUACUUGUAGGUUAUGGACCUUCACCUUGCAUUGUAGUCUGGGAAACAUGGUUUUAAUCUAAUUUAAGAAAACGUUGUUAAGAACAUUAAUGUGCAGAGUGGCACAUGCAAAUUAGGCAAAUUUCAUAUUUUAAUUUUUAUUCAGUGAUUUGUGAAAUUCACAUGCAUAAUGUGUGAAAAGCUGCCCAGACACAGACACACGGACACCAUUGUACAGUCCACCACACGUUUAUUUUGCAUAUUUACAAUGUCCAUAUGUGCACAACCCAGUGCCUCAAACACCAGACUCCCCCAAAGUCCAGGCCUCUUUCACUCUCUGCCUCCUCUCUCCUGCCUCCAAACUUCGUCCACUCCUCACCCGACUCCAGUCCUCCUUUGCAGGGAGGCGGCCCCUUUUAUAAGUACCCGGAUGGGCUCCAGGUGAUCCCCGACACUCCCCUGUGUGGCGUAAGUGCCGGCUGUGUUCCCGGAAGCCCUCCGGGUGUUCCCAGCCUUCUUCCCCCCCCAGCACUUCCUGGUGUGGCGGAAGUGUUGGGGUUCCGGGUCCUUCAGGCAUGGGGGCGCCCCCUGGAGGAGACCACGGGCCCCUACAGGGUUGGGCUUCCAAGCCCUGCACCCGUGGCCCCCAAAGGAACCAGGGCGGUCGCCCCCUCAUGGUCUGGAGGAGGCAUGAGCCCUCCUCCUGUCUUCCUGGGCGUCCUGGCUGGGUGCCACCCCCAGCCGCAUGCCACAAAUGUAUAAAAUAUACAUUACUCUUGUAUUACUUUUCUAUGUUGAUUCAUAAUGUAUUGUAGACUAUUUUGCAAAUCAAGUCAAAUUAUCUUAGAAAGUGGUAUUUCAUGGAAUUUAUUUGAAUUCAAUUCUGUUUUCAGACAUUCCAAUUCCUAUUCAUUUCAGUUGCAUGUAGUUGUAAUUCCAAUUCCAGGAACUGGAUUUAUCAUGCAUUCCCAAAUCAAUUCAUGAAUGGCCACAACCCUGCUAGAAAUAUUGAGACUGUGAAUAAACAUGCAGCAUCCAUUUAUCAAGAUCCUUACUUGUCAAAUAAAGUAAAGGAUGGCUCUGAACCAGAGACAUAAGUUAUAGUGUGCGUCAAGAGCAUCUCGAUCAUAAUUUGAUGAUUACCUUACUGCAUGUUUGUUGUCAGAUGUUGUGACACAGGUGCCAUAACCUCAAAUUUUAGAUACUAGGAGGUGCCCUUCAUUCCAACAAGUUCCUUAAUUGGAAAUUAUUUUUGAUGUUAAGGGAUCUUUUGAUAGCAUAGCAAUCAAGAAGCUAUGACCACUCCUGAAAGUAUCAGGUUCAAAAUGUAAAUCAUAACACAUUCCAUCCAUCCAUCCAUUAUCCAACCCGCUAUAUCCUAACUACAGGGUCACAGGGGGUCUGCUGGAGCCAAUCCCAGCCAACACAGGGCGCAAGACAGGUAACAAACCCCGGGCAGGGUGCCAGCUCAUAACAUAUUCAUACCAACCAAUUCUGAGCCAUCUUUUAACAAUUACAAAGAACAAAGUGUAAACUUUGCACAGACAGUGUCCGAGCUAGGGGGCUCUAGAGCUGUAGAAAAGCAGCACUGACCAUUGUGACACACUGUUUCUGAAACAUUUGAUUUUUAUUUGAGUGUCUUAAGUUAUUCGUGGAAAAACAUUAGUACUAUAUGAAAUUCAGAAAGGUGAUCAUUGCAAUCUAUUGCUUCAUUUUAUUUUUCUUACCUGCUAAGAAAAAAAGGAAGCAAAUCAUUUUAAUCGAAAACACUUAAGUCAGGUGUUAAUGUAGGAAGGGAAAAUCGUGAAAAGGCCAGGAAUUUAAGCCAAAGUAAAUGAGGGGUUUAUUUUUUUUCCUGUCUCAUGCAUGUGUCAAGCUGUUCAAGUAAGAAAAAAAUCUUCGGUGUGUGGGUAUCUGAAUCUGUCUAACAUGACAUCUCUUGAUGUUGCUGUCUUAAAUAUUUUAGUUAAUAUUGCUUAUUAAACCCCAUUAUUACUUCAUAAAGUAGUCCAGCCAGUUUUCUGGGCUUGUAAGGGUGAAUGUCUUUGGAUUCUCUCUUGGAAAGAUGAGUUCUUCCAGCAGUAGUUUAAUAUGUACAGUACUCAUGUCUUAUCAUCAUAAAGAAACCAUUUAAGUGAUGUUUUCAGAAGGAAGAAAGCAAAGAGCUGAAUCCAUUUACUAUUUUAUCAGAAGGUAGAACGACACCAGUCAGCUUUUCUGAAAUGACAGUAUGAAAGCCUGAGCGAGUCCGCUAAUUACAUGACAUUUUCCAUUACAUUUAGUUCAGAUUAAGAACGUGUGUUUGACAACAAUUGGGACUCUCCAUGAAAUGAGUCUGAUUCCCCUGUUCUACUGUCUACAGUUGGGUUAUCCAAUUCAAGCUCUGGAGAGCUGCUACUCGGUCAAUGAAUGAUAGAAUAGGAUUGAGUUUUCAGCUGCAAAUACAGUAUAUUAGACUCCUUGAUUCCAAGCAACAACAUGUACUGGAAGAGAGAGUUUAAUAAGGAAAGGAGCAGGAGAUGGAUACAAAACAGAAAUCAAAAAGUCAGGCUGAAGUUCAUAACUGGGAAGACAGGAGAUCUUUCACUAAAUCCUAAUCACUAGACAAACUUGCAGAUCAUUAAUCUUUGCUCCUAUCUGCUUUGUCAAACUCCAAUACAUAAUCCCAAAUUCACCCAGUUGUAAUGAAUUGCGCUUUUAUAUCAUGCUAAAUACAACUUGUAAUGUAUCAUUUGUGUGCUUUAUUUUAGUGUUUUUAUUUUACAAUUUUGUAGAUAAUGACUCUUAAACUCUGUAGAGCUCAUAUGAUGUUCUGUAAUCAAAAUGUUCUGUAACUGAAAUAGCCAGCAUGUGUCAGUGAGCUCUUUUGUACAUUAACAUCCAUAAGGUACCUUACCAGAGUGUUGAAUUUUGGAAGUAGAUAAAAUUCUGGGGUAUAAACAAAGAGAAUGUAAGUGAAAAUUGUUGGAGUGUCAUCUGUAUGUUCAAGUUUAGAUAAAGUAAUCAGUAUAUGUAUGCUUAUAAGAAUGUGAUAUGAAGGCUUGGGACAUUAAAAUGAAUGUGUCUCUUGUGUCUAGCCAAAAGUAACUUAAUCAACUAGACCAGGGAACUUACCGGUUGUCCCAAACUUUAGCCUGAUGCAAUAUCUUGCAUAAGGCAGUCGGGCAAGACACUAAAAAAAAGUAUUUUAAAAAGAAGGCACUAAGAGAGAGGCGUCAUCAUCAUCGGCUAGAAGAGAGGAGACAACUGUUUGCUGUCUAUCAUCCCAACGCCCACUAACAUCACAGCUGAAGCAGAUAACAGACUAUAAACGCUAAAGCGGCCACCUGAUAUGACUUUUGCUGUGUGUCUCUGCUUUAAAUCAUUCAGGUUGUAUGUCUAACAUUAAUGCCUGGGUUUUCUGCAAAUAAAAUAAAAGUAAUUAUAAGAGUAAAA